AUGGAGCUCCGCAACCCAGAACAACCUCGCGCCGUCCUGGUCCCGGAUCCGGUUCCGGGCAUUAGCGAAGCUUCAGCUGCCGCAAGGUCAGAAGAACAGCUGGCUACGGCUACGGCCAGGAUUGUGGGCGUCGUUUCUGGCAUGAAGCUCCGCAACCCAGAACUUCUUCGCGCCGUGCCGGCUUGGGUGGUGCUGAGACAGCUUGGGCAAGUACUCCGGGACACGUCGAGCGACCCGGCCAAGCUGUAUUCGCUGAGUGAGCAGGUGCCCUUCAUCAAAGAGUUUUGGUCCCACAGCUGGCAUGGGAGCCGGUUCAUGAAGAUCUGGCUGCUGCUUGUUCUCAAGAAUGGCUGUCCUGCAGUUUGCGUGGGCAUCCUCGUCGCCUUCCUUGCGGCAUUCCUAUCGUAUCUGGACAUCCUCCCGGGGUGGUACAAGGUGCACUACUCCGGUGAGUUCAAGCACAGCCCCUGGGCCAUGGUGAGCGGCGUUGUUGCCUCGUUGGUGACGCUGCUUCUGUGGCGGCCUGGGGGCCCAGUGUUUCUGGAUCGGGUUUGCAUCCAUCAGGGGGACGAAGUCUUGAAGUCCCAGGCCAUUUUGCAGCUUGGCGCCUUCCUGAAAAGCUCCAGGACCCUCGUGGUGGUCUGGGACCCGACGUACCUCUCCAGGCUAUGGUGUGUGUUCGAGCUCGCGGCAUUUUUUCACAGCCACAAAGCAGACGGGCGAUCGAAGCUUGUAAUCAAGCACGUUGCCCUAGCACCGUUUAUGUGCUUUAUGGUGACGCAGACGGCAGUUAUGAUGGUUCUGGAGAUUUGCUUGCCCACAAGUGAUCUUUUCCUCCUCGUGAGGGUGGUGUACGUUUGUGGAGUGACGGUGCUAUUCACUCACUUUCUUGUAAAAUUCUGGCACGAUGUCGCUGUUGCCGAGCAGCAAUUUCGCAGAUUCAGCUGGCAUGCGGUCACUUGUGAGUGCUGCGCUGCAAAUCACCGUGCUGCAAAUGGAAAUCGCAUUCCAUGCGACCGGGUCAUCCUGGAGAAAUGCGUCGUGCGGUGGUUCGGCUCUGUGGAGGCUUUGGAGGCAUGCGUGCGGAACAAAAUCUGUGAUACUUUCGUCGCGCAGGUCAGUGGCGGCUUUCCUUUUGGGUAUUUUUGGCUCGUUGGUGGCAACUUCGGCGUUUGGUAUGGCCACGCGGACUUUUUUGCAGCACGGAUGCAUGGAGGUGACCGGUGGUAUGCCGCCUCCCUCCUGGUCACAACGGUGGCGUGGUGGCUGUGGGUGGUGCCGACUAACCACCUCAUCUUCAGCAGGGUGGCACGAUGGAUGCAGAGGAAACAGCAGGAGAAGCUUAGUGCUCCCGUUUUGUACGCCGUCAAGUGCGCGGGGUACUUUGCGAACAUUGUGAACUCUAACAUUCCCUUCCUUUACCAGGGGGGGUGCUACACCGUCCUCGGCGACCCCGUUCUUGCAGCCGUUGUAUUUGCGGGGACCGCCCUUCUCUUCGCAGCCUUGUCAUAUCAAUGGCUUGCCAACCCGACACAUGGAUCUGUCCUGCCGUGCCUUAAGAACCCUUCAAGUCUUAAGACCUGA